GCGCGGCCAUGGAGACAGACGCGGGAAGGGAGGACGCGGCUGGAGCAGGGGGGCAGCGGGAGGAGUAGGAGGGCGCGUGGCGCGGCUGACGUGGGCCGGGGUCGCGCAGCGGGCUGUGCGCAGCGGCGGCAGCACGCAGCGACAGAGUCCCCUGGCGAGGACGAGCGAGCGCGGCGCCCGCACCUCCUUGCACCGCUCGCGCUGCGCGCCCCGAGGAGCACCCGCCGCAGUUCCCGAGCUCAAGCCACAUUCCCUCCGUGUCUGCCCCACUCUCCUCCCGCUCUGGGCCCCGCCAUGGCCCAGGCAGUGUGGUCGCGCCUCGGCCGAAUCCUCUGGCUCUCCUGCCUCCUGCCCUGGGCCCCGGCUGGGGUGGCCGCAGGCCUGUAUGAGCUCAAUCUCACCACUGAUAGCCCCGCCACCACGGGAGCGGAGGUGACCAUCUCGGCCAGCCUGGUGGCCAAGGACAACGGCAGCCUGGCCCUGCCCGCUGAUGCCCACCUCUACCGCUUCCAUUGGAUCCACACGCCCCUGCUGCUCACCGGCAAGAUGGAGGAGGGUCUCAGCUCCACCAUCCAUGUGGUCAGCCACAUGCCCGGGGACUUCCCCGUCUCCGUCUGGGUCACUGCCGCCGACUGCUGGAUGUGCCAGCCUGUGGCCAGGGGCUUCGUGGUUCUCCCCAUCACAGAGUUCCUCGUGGGGGACCUUGUCGUCACCCAGAACACCUCCCUGCCCUGGCCCAGCUCCUAUCUCACUAAGACGGUCCUUAAAGUCUCCUUCCUCCUCCACGACCCGAGCGACUUCCUCAAGACCGCCUCGUUUCUCUACAGCUGGGACUUUGGGGACGGGACCCAGAUGGUGACUGAAGACUCCGUGGUCUAUUAUAAUUAUUCCAUCAUUGGGACCUUCACCGUGAAGCUCAAAGUGGUGGCAGAGUGGGAAGAGGUGAAGCCGGAUGCCACGAAGGGUGUCAUGCAGAAGACAGGGGACUUCUCCGCUUCACUGAAGCUACAGGAAACCCUUCGAGGAAUCCAAGUCUUGGGGCCCACCCUAAUUCAGACCUUCCAAAAGAUGACUGUGACCUUGAACUUCCUGGGGAGCCCUCCUCUGACUGUGUGCUGGCGUCUCAAGCCCGAGUGCCUCCCGCUGGAGGAAGGGGAGUGCCACCCUGUGUCGGUGGCCAGCACAGCAUACAACCUGACCCACACCUUCAAGGACCCUGGGGACUACUGCUUCAGCAUCCGGGCUGAGAAUGUCAUCAGCAAGACUCAUCAGUACCACAGGAUCCAGGUGUGGCCCUCCAGCAUCCAGCCGGCUGUCUUCGCCUUCCCAUGUGCUACGCUUAUCACUGUGAUGUUGGCCUUCAUCAUGUACAUGACGCUACGGAAUGCUACUCAGCAAAAGGACAUGGUGGAGGUGGCUGAUUUUGACUUUUCCCCCAUGUCUGACAAGAACCCGGAGCCACCCUCUGGGGUCAGGUGCUGCUGCCAGAUGUGCUGUGGGCCCUUCUUGCUGGAGACUCCAUCUGAGUACCUGGAAAUUGUUCGUGAGAACCAUGGGCUGCUCCCGCCCCUCUAUAAGUCUGUCAAAACUUACACUGUGUGAACACUCCCCAACCCCACCCCAUCUCAGUGUUAACUGACUGCUGACUUGGAGUUUCUGGCAGGGUGGUAUGUACCACUGACCAGGAGGGGUUCAUGUAUGUGGGGCUGUUGGCCUGGUCCAUCCUUCCAUCUGUACAGUCCAGCCACUGCCACAAGCCCCUCUCUGUCACCCGUGCCCCCAGCCAUUCACCCAUCUGUACAGUCCAGCCACCAAUGUAAGCCCCUCUCAGUUACCACUCCCUUGACCCCCUACCUUUGAAGAGGCUUCAUGCAGGACUCUGACACUUGGGGUGCUCCAUGUUCACUCCCAGGUGGGCCUGGAUGCCCACUGCCCAUUCCUCUCAUAUUGGCACAUCUGCUGUCCAUUGGGGGUCCUCAACUUUCUCCCUCAGACAGCCCUGUCUGUGCCAGAGAGCUAGAAAGAAGGUCGCAAAGGGUUAAAAAUCCAUAACUAAAGGUUUGUCACAUGGACGGGCACACUCACAGAGACAAGUGUACAUGUACACACACAUACACACACACACAGAUAUAAACACAAGUGUCACAUGGGCAUUUCAGAGGCUCUGCUCUGUGUCUGAUUAAGUCAGUUGCUGGGAUGCACCCUGCACUUGAACUGAAAGGAAAUUUGACCCUCUCCAUGCAGACCCAACAGGGCCCUCUUGUAUGCUUUGUCUCUGCAGUUCCUGCUCCCUUUUUAAGGCCACCCUAGUCCCGGCUUGCUGGCAGGGGGCUGGAGCAGGACUAACACUUAGUGAGUGCAGAGUGCUUUAUAAAUAUUACCCUAUUUUAUCAAAACCCAUAUGUGAAACUUUCAUCGAGGUAAAGGCCUUGCCAAAGCAGAGGUUGAGUCAGUAGGGAAUGGGGAUCCCUGUGUGUGACGGGGGGCAUUCUUGCCGGCCAGCUGCUCCCAAGGUGGCCUUGAGAAGGAAGAAGCAGGAUGACAGAGCCUAAGCCAUGGAACCAGCCUGUGCCCUCCCCUCUGGCCCAGUGACCUGGGUGGUGGCUGAGGGAGACAAUAACGAAGCCAGAAGUAGCCCAAGCCUGUUCGGGAAGGGAAGGGCAGGACUGUGGGGUCCAGGCUCUGUCGCUGUAACCAUCUGCUCCCAGGCUGUGUGCUGAAAAUGGCAUUGACAUGAUUGUGCAGCUCAUUCUCAUGAAACACUGCCAUUGUUGCCAAAUAAAGCUUGUGUGCUCUGAAUGUAGCCAAGCAUCAA